GCCGGUCGCGGUGUGGUGGUGUUCGGGGUCGUCCGGGAGUGUUUACCGGUGGAGUCGUAUCUCCCGCCAUUUUUUUUUUCAACCUGACAUUCUCUUUCUCUCAUUUGUUCUUUUGUAACAAAUACACCCUGCGACCAUCUUGGAAGGGUCAGGAGUGUUUGUUUGUUUGUUUGUUUUUUUGCUCCUCGCGAACAGAAGAAAAGAACAACAGCAUUCGUCACCCAGUGAAGACCAAAGUGCAUGCUGGGAGUUCUUUUAGAAAGCGCGCCAUCGUAAUCCUUGUGCCGGGCGCCUUGCAUUCACUGCGCCGGGGCUGCGACUCGGGGAGAGCCGUCUCUUUCCAUUCCGGCUUUUGGUGAAGUUUAUUUGGAGCGCUGUUUUCUUUCCUCUUUAAAACUAUUGGAUGUUGACGCGCUAUGCCCCAACCGUCUCCUUUAAUGCGAAGAGAACCGAGGAGAGGACGUUGCUAAUCCCACCGCGUCGCACUUAUUGUUAUUUAGCUGAAGCUAAGCUAGGCUAAGCUAACUCGAGCCUAGCUUUGAUGCUAGCUAGGCGUUAAAUGUCGAGGAAAAGCGCCUUGUGUGAUUUCUGUCUAGAUUCCCGGAAUACAUGUUUGUACUGGCGGUCAUUUUAACUUAAAGCUCUACACCACGCCGAAGUUUAUUUGUGGGAGAAAACAGUCGUAAUGGCGCCGCUGCUGGGCCGGAAGCCGUACCCGCUCGCUAAGCCGCCAGCCGAGCCGCCGGGCCCGGCAGAGCAGCUCUACAUCAUCCCGCAUACCAAAGAGGCCUUCAUCAACAAAGAAGAGUAUGAGGCCCGAAUGCAGAGAUACAGUGAACGGAUCUGGACGUGCAAAAGCACCGGCAGCAGUCAGCUCACACACCUGGAGGCCUGGGAGGAAGAGCAGGAGGUCACUGAGCUGCUGCAAGAGGAAUACCCUGUGUGGUUUGAGAAGCCAGUUUUGGAAAUUGUACAUCAUAACACGGUGUCGCUGGACAAACUGGUGGAUCUGGCCUGGGUGGAGAUUCUCACUAAAUACGCCGUAGACGAGGAGUGUGACUUCCUGGUCGGAAAGGAUAAAAGUUUGCGAGUGAAGGUGGUGAAAAUUCAUCCUCUGGAAAAGGCUCAGGAGGACCAGACGCAGAAAAAGUUGGAGGGAGCGUGUGAUUCUCCGUCCAGCGACAAGGAGAACGCCAGCCAGGAGAACCAAAAGAAAGAGCCGCCCAAAGAAGAGGAGAACAACAGGAGAGAGAGCCUUUGUGAUCGGGCACGUCGUUCCCCCAGAAAACUCCCCACCACUAUGAAGGAGGAGAAGAAGAAAUGGGUGAUGCCUAAAUUUCUGCCCCACAAAUAUGACGUGAAGCUCCUCGACGAGGACAAAGUAAUCAGCGACGUCCCUGCUGACAGCCUCUUCAGAACGGAGAGGCCUCCCAAUAAAGAGAUAAUGCGCUACUUCAUCAGGCACUACGCUCUCAGGCUUGGCAUGGGAGAGAGCGCCCCGUGGGUGGUGGAGGAUGAGCUGGUGAAAAAAUUCAACCUACCCAGCAAAUUCAGCGACUUUCUCUUAGACCCACACAAGUUCUUAGCAGAAAAUCCCUCAUCCAAGAGAAGGAGUCUCAGCUCACCGGAAGGAAAGCCCAACAAGAAAUUGAAGCUUCAGGGCUCAGAGUCAGGCAUGGACGCAAACGGCGUCAACGAAAAAGGAGAGAACGAGAAAAAGCGGAAGAAAAAGCAAAACAUGCCUCUGAGCCCCACUCUCUGGGCAAACAUGCAGGUGAAGAACCUGAACGGCUCUCCGCUGAAGGUUAAGAAUUCAGGCACGCCCAAGAAACCGACGGACGGGAAGAGGAAUCACAAGAGCGGCGCAACCAAAACACCCAACAGCCAUAAAGCCUCGAAAAAAGACGAAAAGACCUCUAAGAAGCCCCGGAUGAAGCAGAUGACCUUGCUGGAUCUGGCGAAGAGUCCCGCUGCUGCGGGCAGUCCUAAAAAGAGAGCACGGAGCACCGGGCCUGGCACGCCGAAGCUGGGUAAACCUCUGCCUCCCAUGGCUCUGCAUCUGCUGCGCUUUUAUAAGGAAAACAAGGGCAAAGAGGACAAGAAGAGCACGCUGUCUUCGUUAGUGAGCAGGGCAGCGAAGACCUUGUCUGCGGAAGACCGCGGGCGACUCCCCGACGAACUGAAGGAGAUGGUGCAGAAGCGCUGGGAGCGGCUGGAGGAGAAGCGGCGAUGGGCUCUCAUGAGCGAGGAGGAACGGCAGGAGGCGAUGCGCAAGAAGCGGGAAGAAUUGAAAGAGAAGCUGCGUGAGAAGGCGAAGGAACGGCGCGAGAAGGAAUUGCAGCUGAGGCGUGAGCAGCAGCGACGCUUCGAGGACCAGGAGCUCACCGGAAAGAGCCUGCCCACAUUCCGGCUGGUGGACAUGCCCGAGGGCCUGCCAAACGCUCUGUUCGGUGACAUAGCUAUGGUCGCAGACUUCCUCAGCUGCUACUCUGAUCUACUGUUGCCUGACAAGCAGUACCCGAUCACAGCGCAGUCACUUAUGGAGGCUCUAGCAGGUGACAAGGGAGGCUUUCUCUACCUAAAUCGUGUCCUGGUGGUGCUGCUCCAGACGCUGUUGCAGGAUGAGCUGGCCGAGGCCUACAGUGAGCUGGACAUGGCUCUGUCUGAAAUCCCGCUGACGAUGCACUCCGCGUCGGAGUUAGCACGCCUGUGCCUGCGCCCGACCGACGUGCUGGGUGGCGAGAGCGCCCGCGACUCUGACGACUGGCACGGCGGUGGCUGUUUCGACGACGUCUUGGGUGCGGAGCUCCUGGAACGGCUCGAGACGACCGAGGUGUUUGAGCUUGCGCCGGCCGAGAAGGCGAGUCUGCUGGUGGCCCUGUGCCAUCGCAUCCUCAUGACCUACUCUGUGGAGGACCACGUGGAAUCGGCGCACCUGCGCUCUUCUGAGCUCUGGAAGGAACGCAUCGCCACGCUCAAGGAGGCCAACGUGCGCCGCAAGGCUGAGAAGCAAAAGCGCAAGGAGCAGAUGGAGUCCAAGACCCAGGAUGUGGCAGUUAAAAAGGAGAAGAAGAAGGAGACGAACGGCAAGGAGGACGUGUCCAAAGUCAAGGUGGAACCAGAAGACAUGAUCAGCACGGUGAAGAGCCGCAGGCUGAUGGCUAUGCAGGCCAAAAAGGAGAAGGAGGAACUUGAACGCCAGAACAGAGAGCGCAUGGAGAAAGAAGCUGAGGAGGAGCGGAUCAGGAAGCAGAGGGCUGCAGUAGAGCGUGCCUUCCACGAGGGCCUAGCUAAGGCCAAGCUGGUGAUGAGGAGAGCGCCACUUGGCACUGACCGCAACCACAACCGGUAUUGGCUGUUCUCUGACGUUGUUCCUGGACUUUAUAUAGAAAAAGGCUGGGUGCAUGAGAGCAUCGACUACAGCUUCACUCUUCCACCUGAGCAGACACAGGGAGAUGAGGAAGAGGAAGAUGAAGAGACGGAGGAUGUGGAGAAAGAAGAUGAGGCAAGUAUAGCCAGCGCUACUAAUGAGAGUGGCCAGCAGGGGGCUCCAGCUCCGGAGACCUGCAUAGAGACGACCGUGCCCAAGCUGGGCCAAAACCUCUGGUUUGUGUGCGACACUCAGAAAGAUCUGGAUGAGCUCAUAGAAAGCCUUCACUCACAAGGUGUGCGAGAGAGCGAACUGAAAAUGCAACUGGAACUCAAGUACCAGGAUAUCAUGCACUCCAUCCACCUGAGCCGGAAGGUGAACACCGGUCUGCGCACUUGUGAUGGCUACCAGGAGCUCCUCAAAUACCUGCGCAGCGACAUCAUCGAGGUAUCUUCGCGUCUGGAGAAGGGCGGACUCGGCUUAAUGGAAAACACGGCCGUGUUCGAGGAGCAGGUGCGACACCUGGAAAACCUGAAGGACUUUGGUGAGUGUGUGAUAACGUUGCAGGAGAGUGUGGUUAAGAAGUUUCUUCAGGGCUUCAUGGCUCCGAAGCAGAAGAAAAAGAAGAAGCAGACAGGGGAAGAGAGCGGAAAGACUGAGGAAGUGGAUGAGGAGAAAAAACUGGCUGAGGAGGCUAGGGUGGCGACUGCUGUGGAGAAGUGGAAGUUUGCUAUACGCGAGGCUCAGACCUUCUCACGCAUGCACGUGCUCUUGGGAAUGCUGGACGCGUGCAUCAAGUGGGACAUGUCAGCGGAGAACGCUCGCUGCAAAGUGUGCCGCAAAAAAGUAGGAGAGGACGACAAGUUAAUCCUGUGUGACGAGUGCAACAAAGCCUUCCACCUCUUCUGCCUGAGGCCUGCACUCUAUCGCAUUCCCGAAGGGGAGUGGUUGUGCCCGGCCUGCCAACCGACCAUCGCCCGCCGCUGCUCGCGUGGAAGAAACUAUAACGAAGACACGGAGGAAGAGCAGGAUGAAGAGGAUGAAGAGGAGGACGAGUCAGAAGAGGAUGACUCUGAGGACGAGGAGCAGAGGGAUACAGGGCACAGCUUGAGACCGAGGAAGAAGAUGAAAUCGUUCCUGAGGCCCAAAGCUCAGAGCAAGUCAUCGUCCAAGAAGCAUUCGCCACCAAGUGCCAAAACUGCAUCUAAAUCUAAAGCUGCUGCCAAAUCACGGACAAGCAACAGUGCAGACAUUGAUGAAUUGGUGCGCCAGAGCUCCAGAACAGGAGGAAACAAGCAAGCACAGGAGCUUGAGAAGUGCGAAGAGAUCCUCCAAAAAUUGAUUAAAUUCCGUUAUAGCUGGCCCUUCAGAGAGCCGGUGUCGGCGGAAGAAGCCGAAGACUACCAGGAUAUCAUCAGCACUCCAAUGGAUUUCAGCACCAUGCAGAGCAAGUUCAAGUCGUCGCAGUACCGCAGCCCGCAGGACUACAUCGAGGACAUGAAGCUGGUGUUCAGUAACGCUGAGGAAUACAACCAGCUGGGCAGCAGCGUGCUGCAGUGUAUGAGUCGCACCGAGCAAACGUUCACCGAGCUGCUUCAUAAGAUCCUACCCGGGGUUACCUACCUGCGCCGCAAAGCUAGGAAACGCAACACUCUGCUACAGGACGACGACGAGGACGAUGAGGAAGAUGAGAAGAGGGUGAGGAAAAUACAGAACGGCAAACAGGAAAGUUCUGCCUCUAAAAGUCGGGAAGAGAGCAGCAGCCGGUCCACGAGACACGGCAGCAGAUGGCGCAGGCAGGAGGGGAGUGAAAGCGAGGACGAGGAGGAAGAGGACAGGGUCACAAGGAGGAGCAAACGGACAGCAGCCUCCUCAAGCCGCAAGGACUACCGGGAACAGGACAGCGACAGUGAGAGAGAGAACAGGAGAACUCGCUUGAGGAAGUCAGGGAGGAGGGCAGGUGAUGACGAGGAGGCAAGCAGCGAUGACGAAUCAAUCGGUCAGCGACAUUCCAAGAGGCAAAAACGCUCACUAUAAAGUCCCAGGGUGCUUUUUGUGUUUUGUGUUUUUUUUGUUGUUGUUUAAAAUGGAUUCUUGUCCUCCUUGAUCUUCUACCUCCCUCAGUUCCAAAAGGCAAAGUGGACCCACUCUCACAGAAACCUCUCAAACUACCCCAUGUAGAUUUUUUCUUUUCCUGGUUUAUUAGACUUGACGCUUUGUGUUCAUAUUGCUAAAUACGAAAGAAACUGAUUUAUAUUUGUAAGUUGUUUAUUACUGGUGACUUUUUUUUUUUUUUUUUUUUCCUUUCUUUUUUCCUUUUCUCAACCAGGAAAUUUAUGAUCUCUGAUGAGAUGAUCUCUGUGAGCUCUUAAAAGGCAAUUUUUGUUUCAAUUUUGGCCUUAAGCCAUUUGCUUCAUGUAUAUUUAAAAAAAAAAAAAAAAAAAAAAGGAUUUCUCAUUGGGAUAACUUGACAUAUGUCUGUGUCUCAUUUUGAUGAUGUCAGAAUGUCAGGUAGGGCUGCUGAAUAGAAUUUCAGAAGUACCAGGCAGGUUGCCUGUGACUGAAUAUGUCCUAGAUCUUUUUUUUUUUUUGUUUGUUUGUUUUUGUUUUUUUUAUUAUACGAAAAUAAAAUAACGCACUAUAAUUGGAACUCCAGCUGUGCUUGUGGUGUACCGAUACUACGCACUAUUUUCUUGGGGACAACCAGCACCAAAAGGGUUAUUUGGAAUUCAUUGUUUUUGUUGAAUUUUUCAGAGUACAAGUACCUAUGAAUAAAGCAUUUUUCUGUAUCUGAAAUCAUGUCUGCUGGAUUCAACUUUUGUUUCUGUAAAUUUGAGUUUAUAAACUUUUAUAGUGUCAAACCAUUUACUAGUAGUUUGGCAAAGACAAAUCUAAACGCCUCAAUACACCCAGUUCAAGUCAAGUAUUGUCUUAAAAUUAAAGCUCUUCUCAUCUUAGUGUUGGUGCACCUUGUGCUCUCUGGAUUUCCUAAAAGAUUUUGUAGGGUUCUCUUUUUAUCUACAUGUAAUUCUAGCAGAGGAACUAUGGUGUUUUUUGGUUGUUGUUUUUUUUUUCUUUCUUUCUUCUCCAAAAAUGUUUUUCUUUUAUUUAAAACACCUACCACUGUCUGUUUUUCCCAUCAUUUUCAAAAAUUAGUGAGAAAUCUGUCCCGAGCGCUUUGAGUGUCAGAGGCUCUGUGUUGUGCUGAACGUAUUUGUGUUUCUUAACCUCGAUGAUUGAUUUUUAUUUUUUAUCAUAAAAGUUGCUUUUUUUUCUUUUUUUUUUUUUUUUUUUUUUUUCCUUCUUCUUCUUCCCUUUACCUGGUUGAAGCUUGGAUGAUGUACAUGUGCUGGGAUCACUGAUCGUCUUUCACUGCCAUGUGUUUCCCAGCUUUGCUUCUGCAGAUCUGCCUUCUAGGAGAGAGGCUGAUAAUAUGACUAACGUUCUCAAGAGCUCAGGGAUUACAAACCUAAAUCAAAAAAAGCCUCGAUGUAGUGAAAACAAAGGUAAAUGGUGCUGUUAUCCCUGGCGACCUGCAGGUGGCAGUCUAGUACAGCGUUUAUAUGCUUAGCUUACAUGUAUCACUAUGAUGACCUGCUUAUGAAUAAAAUCUUCAUGUAGUCCCUUCUGUUGGAAUGAACAAGACAGGACCAAUGUGUAGUACUUCAGCUGCGUCCUUCUGAAGUAAUAGCUCUACAGCUUGUAUCUAUCAGCCCCUUUUUAUUUGUGUAUAUGGGUAUGUAAAUACAGAGUUCUUCAAUCAAAUUAGGAGUACUUUAAAUCUGUGAUUAUUUUGCCAAAAGAUUGGGUGAAUUAAGGAUUUGGUUAAGGUGCAAGUGGUCUUGUACAAACCAACUGUCUUUUUAGGUCGUGAUGCUUAGAAUAAACUGACUUUCCUGUUUAAUGUUGAGGAAUAAACAAGAGAAUUACGCACUCACACCCGUUCUCUUUAAUCCUGGAUUAGGCCGAGUGUUCCUGGAAUCAUGUAUAUAUGAAUGAAAUGUCUUGGUGCAAGAGAGCUUAUGUAAGGUUGUGUUCAUCAGUGUGUGAUCUGCAAAAGCUGCUUCAAUAUCAGCACUCUCGAUCAGGUUGUUUGAUUUUUUUCAAAUAUGGCCCCAGGUCUGAAUUGUUUGUAUUUUUUGGUAACCUUAACACCGUGAUUAAGAUCAGUCUGAACCUCGAGGAGGCUGAACUUCAUGAUUGUAGACCCAGAAUGAUGCUGACGAGCCAACCUGUUUUGUCCUAGUUAACAUUUCCCCCUUCUUUUGAUUAGCACUUGGAUUCUGUGUACAUCUUAAUGCUGUUUAUGUUCUCGGUAUAUUUUUGAAAGAAUAAUUUGGGGCAUGUUACUCAUCGGAAGGUUGACAUCUGUUUCCGGUGUGAAUUUAAAACCUUGCAGAAAUCUACUGGCUUCUAUUUCCACCUCAAUUAGUGUUGAAGGGCUUGGUGGGCACAUUUCUAUUUCCAUAUAUAGAUUAUUUACAGCCUACAUGUUAAAUUGAUCACGAUCUCAUAUGUACGUUUAUAAGCAAGUUUUGUUUUGUUUUGUGAAAGUUCCCCCAAUCUAUUUCAGUCAUCACUGCCCGUUGUAAAACCUUGUAAUAUAAUAAGAGGUUGGGGACAGCUUAAUGAACCAACCUGAGGUUGAAAUUUUUUUUCUUUCAUUUUUUUUUUAUUUUUUUUU